AGCAGCAGCAGCAGCAGCAGCAGCAGCAGCCGCCGCCCCCCUCCCCCCAGCAGCCGGGUGUGACGGAGCCCGCAGGAUCCUCAGUGUCUCUCCCGGAUCCUCCUCUUCUCCUCCUCGGGACAUGGCGGGCGGGGCCGGCUCGCGGGUUACCCGGCGGGCUCCGGCGGGUCACGGCGGCCCGAGGCCCUGAUCGCGCCCGGUGGGUGGUGACCCGGCGGCGGGUGAGAAGAUGGCGGGCGAGGUCCGCCUGCGGCAGCUGGAGCAGCUGAUCCUGGAGCGGCCGGGCCGCGGGGCCGGGAUGAGUGUGGAGAGCCUGCUGGACUCGCUGCUCUGCCUGUACGACGAGUGCUGCGUGUCCCCGCUGCGCCGGGAGAAGAACAUCCACGACUACAUCGAGUGGGCCAAACCAUUUGCCCUUAAAGUGAAGCAGUUGCGACUACAUAAAGAAGACUUUGAAAUCCUAAAAGUGAUUGGAAGAGGCGCUUUCGGUGAGGUUGCGGUGGUGAAGAUGAAAAAUACCGGCAAAGUGUUUGCCAUGAAAAUACUGAAUAAAUGGGAGAUGCUGAAAAGAGCGGAGACAGCCUGUUUCCGGGAGGAGAGAGACGUCUUGGUGAACGGGGACAGUCAGUGGAUCACUACCCUGCACUACGCCUUCCAGGAUGACAACUACUUAUAUCUGGUUAUGGAUUACUACGUCGGAGGAGACCUCCUUACUUUGCUCAGCAAGUUUGAGGACAGGCUUCCGGAGGACAUGGCUCGUUUUUAUUUAGCCGAAAUGGUCAUGGCCAUUGACUCUGUCCACCAGCUCCACUAUGUCCACAGAGACAUAAAGCCAGAUAACAUCCUUCUUGAUAUGAAUGGACACAUACGACUGGCAGAUUUCGGCUCCUGUCUAAAGCUGAUGGAAGACGGAACAGAACUUGUGGCUUUUUCUCCAAUUACCCUACCUAAUGAUGUCCAGUCUUCAGUGGCUGUUGGAACUCCAGACUAUAUCUCUCCUGAAAUCCUCCAGGCUAUGGAAGAUGGGAAGGGGAAGUACGGACCUGAGUGUGAUUGGUGGUCCCUUGGGGUCUGCAUGUAUGAAAUGCUGUAUGGAGAAACCCCAUUCUAUGCAGAGUCCUUAGUGGAGACUUAUGGGAAAAUCAUGAACCACAAGGAGCGGUUCCAGUUCCCGUCUCAGUUGGCCGACGUCUCUGAAAACGCUAAAGAUUUAAUAAAGAGGCUGAUCUGCAGCCGGGAACAUCGCUUGGGUCAAAACGGAAUAGAGGACUUUAAGAAUCACCCGUUCUUUGUUGGCAUUGACUGGGAUAACAUUCGUAACUGUGAAGCACCGUAUAUCCCGGAAGUCAGCAGCCCUACCGACACGUCCAAUUUUGAUGUGGAUGAUGAUUGUUUAAAAAACUGUGAGACGAUGCCGCCAUCCACUCACACUGGAUUCUCUGGGCACCACCUCCCGUUUGUUGGGUUCACUUACACAAGUAACUGUGUACUUUCAGAUACGAGCUCACUACGACACGCGUUGGGGACAUCCAGUACGGACCUCGAUGCCAGUGUCCAGAGGACAUUAGAAGACAGCUUAGCGACUGAGGCAUAUGAGAGGCGGAUACGACGCCUCGAGCAAGAGAAAUUAGAACUGAGCAGAAAACUGCAAGAAGCCACACAGACUGUCCAGGCUCUGCAGUAUGCCGCUGUAGACGGUCCGAUCACAGCAAACAAAGACUUGGAAAUCAAAUCUUUAAAGGAUGAACUUGACAAGUUGAAAACUCAAGGCACCGGACAGCUCAACCAGCAGCUGGAGAAGAGCGGUGUAACGCGUCAUGACUUUGAGGACUUCUCAAGACAAAUCAAGAACUUCGAAAAACAGAUGAAAAUCCUGAAACAGGACAAAGAAGACCUGAGCAAGGACCUGGCGGAGUCUAACGAGAAGUUAAAGUCCCAGACCAAAGAGCUGAAGGAAGCCCAGAGCCAGCAGAAGCAGACCCUGCAGGAGAUGAAGGAGAUGAACGAGCGCCUCACCGAGCUUCGCUCUCACAAGCAGAAGUUUGUGCGUCAGUUCCGCGACAAGGAAGAGGAGAUGGAGAGUGUGGCGCAGAAGGUGGAGGCUCUGCGGCAAGAACUGCGCAGAGCGGAGAGGACCAAGAAGGAGAUUGAAGCUCAGGCGGAAGCUGCGACGGCCGAAGCCUCAAAGGACCGAAAACUACGAGAGCGCAGCGAGCAAUAUGCCAAGCAAUUAGAAAGCGAGCUGGAGGGGCUGAAACAAAAGCACGUCGGCCGCUCUCCGGGAUUCAGCAGCUCCACGCAGCAGCAGGAGAUCAACAAGCUGAAGACCGACCUGGAGAAAAAGAGUGUUUUCUACGAGGAGGAGCUGUCCAAGCGGGAAGCGCUGCACACCUCCGAGAUCAAGAACCUGAAGAAGGAACUGCGGGACAACGAAAGCCAACAGCUCACCCUCAAAAAGGAGAUCCUGAUCCUGAAGGACAAGCUGGAGAAGACCCGCAGAGAGAGCCAAAGUGAGAGGGAAGAAUUUGAGGCGGAGGUUAAGCAGAAGUUUGAGCGUGAGCGGGCUCUUCUCUCCGAGGAGAACAGGAGGAUCUCAAGUGAACUCGACAAGCUCACCGCAACGUUUGAGAGGCAGAGCGUCAACAACCGGCAGCUGGAAGAGGAGAUGAGGGACCUGGCCGAUAAGAAGGAGUCGGUGGCGCACUGGGAGGCGCAGAUCACAGAAAUCAUCCAAUGGGUGAGCGAUGAGAAGGACGCACGGGGUUAUCUCCAGGCCUUGGCGUCCAAGAUGACGGAGGAACUGGAGACUCUAAGGAAUUCCAGCCUCGGUGCCAGAGCCACGGACAUGCCUUGGAAAAUGCGCCGUUUUGCAAAGUUGGACAUGUCGGCCAGGCUGGAACUUCAGUCUGCUCUGGAUGCCGAAAUCCGAGCCAAGCAGAACAUCCAGGAGGAACUGAACAAGGCAAAGGCGGCCAUUAUUGCUACAGAAUGCAAACUCCAGGAGUCGGAGAAGAGGAACCAGGAUCUUGUCACAGAGGUUGAGAAGCUGAAAUGGGAGACGGAGGAAUUCAGAUCAGAGAAAGGGGUCAAACAUCAAGAAUCCCAGAAUUCAUUCUUGGCAUUUCUGAAUGCACCUACCUCUGUACUGGAUCAGUUUGAGAGAUCUCCGUCCUGCAAUCCUGCCAGUAAAGGCAGACGUAUGGAUUCCGUGGACAAUUUUACCCUGUCCAACACCCCGUCCCGCGACGAGGACGUGAAAUCUCAGGUCAUAUCGCGUUCCAGGUCUCCGUCAACCAUGAGCGACAUCGAGCCCGGCGAGACAGCUGAUCACCCUCCUCGCUCAGUGCAGACACCGACAAUCAGAGCGUCAUACCUCAGCUCAGGCUCCUCGGCACUCAAGCCUAAAGCUCACCAGUUUGUGGUCAAGUCCUUCAGCACGCCAACGAAAUGUAACCAGUGCACCUCGCUGAUGGUGGGGCUGAUCCGGCAGGGGUGCACCUGUGAGGUGUGUGGCUUCUCUUGCCAUGUAACCUGUGCGGAUAAGGCCCCCUCAGUCUGCCCCAUCCCUCCCGAGCAGACGAAGGGACCGCUGGGCAUCGACCCCCAGAAGGGAAUUGGGACGGCGUAUGAAGGGCAUGUACGGGUGCCCAAGCCCGCAGGAGUGAAGAAGGGCUGGCAGCGAGCCCUGGCAGUGGUGUGUGACUUCAAAAUCUUCCUGUAUGACAUGCCGGAGGGGAAGGCCUCGCAGCCCUCGUGUGUUGUCAUCCAGGUGAUUGAUAUGAGGGAUGAAGAGUUUGCAGUGAGCUCGGUUCUGGCGUCUGACGUCAUCCACGCUAAUCGCAAGGAUAUUCCCUGCAUCUUCAGAGUGACGGCCUCCCAGCUGUCCGCGUCCAGCAAUAAGUGUUCCAUCUUGCUCCUGGCAGACAGUGAGAGCGACAAGAGCAAGUGGGUGGGCGUGCUGAACGAGCUGCACCGGAUCCUGAAGAAAAACAAACUGAAGGACCGCUCCGUCUACGUGCCGAAGGAGGCCUACGACAGCACGCUGCCACUUAUCAAAAACACCCAGUCGGCCGCCAUCCUAGAUCAUGAGAGAAUAGCCCUGGGGAAUGAAGAGGGACUGUUUGUUGUGCACGUCACCAAAGACGAAAUCAUCAGAGUCGGGGAUAACAAGAAGGUCCACCAGGUAGAGCUCAUUCCCAACGAGCUGCUGAUAGCUGUAAUAUCGGGGCGGAAUCGCCACGUCCGCCUCUACCCUACGGCCUCCCUGGAUGGGAGAGAGACUGAGUUCUUCAAGCUGGCUGAGACUAAAGGCUGCCAGGGCAUGGUGUCCGGCCAGGUGAGGCACGGGGCGCUCACCUGUCUGUGCGUGUCCAUGAAGAGGCAGGUUCUCUGCUACGAACUGAACCAAAGCAAGACGCGCCACAAAAAGAUCAAGGAGAUUCAGGUUCCCGGCAACGUCCAGUGGAUGGCCAUUUUUAACGAGCGGCUGUGUGUGGGCUACCAGUCGGGAUUUAUCCGGUAUCCUUUACACGCGGAAGGGAGUCCCUACAGCCUCCUCCACGCCGACGACCACACGCUGUCUUUCAUCACGCAACUACCCACGGACGCCAUUUGCGCCGUGGAAAUCUCCAAUAAGGAAUACCUGCUGUGUUUUAGCAGCGUUGGGAUUUAUGUUGAUUGCCAAGGUCGGCGGUCGCGGCAACAGGAGCUGAUGUGGCCGGCAGUCCCGUCGUCUUGCUGCUACAACGCCCCUUACCUCUCUGUAUACAGCGAGAACGCAGUCGACGUCUAUGACAUUAACUCCAUGGAGUGGAUUCAGACGAUUCCUCUUAAAAAGGUGCGGCCACUGAAUGUGGAGGGGUCACUCAAUCUUCUGGGAUUGGAAACCAUACGACUUAUCUAUUUCAAAAAUAAAAUGGCUGAAGGUGAUGAGCUCGUUGUUCCUGAGACGUCGGACCACAGCCGGAAGCAGAUGGUUAGAAAUAUCAACAAUAAGCGGCGGUACUCCUUCCGCGUGCCGGAGGAGGAGAGGAUGCAGCAGAGGAGGGAGAUGUUACGAGACCCAGAAAUGAGAAACAAACUGAUCUCUAACCCGACAAACUUCAACCACAUAGCACAUAUGGGGCCUGGUGACGGCAUCCAGAUCCUAAAAGACCUACCCAUGCCCAGGUCCCCUUAUCCAUCCCCUCUCCGCCAUCACUCCAGCCUGAUCUCCACUCCGAGCAACUUUGAGCACGUCUAUCACAUGACUGUAAACUCUGCUGAAAACUUCCUCUCCUCCGAUCCCGCACACCCCGCCUCUUCCUCCUACUCCUCCCCGUCUCCCAGCUCCACCCCUGGCUCUGACAGGAACCCCCGGCACCAGGACAGUCGGUCGAUGUUCAGUGGAUCUGUCAGUAUUCCGUCAAUCACCAAGUCUCGUGGGGAGCCAGGGCGGUCUAUGAGUGCCAGUAGUGGGUUGGCUGCACGGUCUUCGCAGAACGGCAGUGCUUUGCGGCGAGAUUUCUCCGGGGGCAGCUAUGGGGCAAAACGACAGCCCAAGACCUCACCAUCUGAUGGGUCGUUAUCUUCUGGAGGUCUUGAUCAAGGAAGUGAUGUGCCAGCGGGAAACUAUGAGCGAGAGGACUCGGACUCUCCAAGACAUUCAACAGCCUCCAACAGCUCUAACCUCAGCAGCCCCCCAAGCCCGGUGUCCCCUCACAAGACCAAGAGCAGUUCGCUAGAGAGUUCGGACCACGUCAGCUGGGACGCAUGAACUUCUUGCCCCUCCCGCUGCUCUCUCCACCCCUCCAAUGCCUGCCUGGUCUCCAGCAUCUCGGGAUUGGCCAGGAUAAGGAUGGGCUGUCUACCAUCGCAGCGCCACAUUGCCUCGCACAAGCCGCAGGCAGCGUGUUGGCGGACAGAAGCGCCCGAUAGUAGGAUUGGUUGCUUUCAAUAUGGUUUACAAGUGAUUUCGUUGCAAUGAAAUCCUUUAGCCACAAAAGGCAGCAGUGAGCUCAAAAUGGCGCACAUAGGAUUAAACCAUUUUGGGGGGGAGACUGGGGGGAGGGAGGGGGUCCACACUGCGCCCAGUAAUCUCCUUAAGGACUCUGGGGAUCAGCACUGUGUCACCUGUCCCCUCGCAGGAGAACAUGUCAGGUGCGUGUCCAUUGAAUGUUAGGCCCGCGUUCCGCUCAUGGCCCCACCCCUCUCCACGUGUCACCAAUAACGUAUUUUACUACAAAAGCAGAGUUUAAUCUAAAUAGUACAUUGCAUAUGUGUAUAUAUAAGGAUGAUGUAUUCCACUGAGAAUAGAGGCAUAUUUAAUGAGAGAUUCUGUAAUUUUAAUGAUGGACUGUUUGCGUUCAUAAUUGAUAUUGGAUAAACCAGCUUAAAGGAGCAGAGUACGUACCGUACAAUCACACACACUUCACGGUUUGCUUUACGUGGUCAGUCAUUUUACAAGUACGCCCAUCCCCGCCAUUGUUUUUAGGUCAUUUAUGUUUUACAGUCCCCGCUGUUUCGGCGCCACAGGAGGAGCCUGCUGUCCAAUCACAGUGCAUCAAUUUUGUCAUGGAGCAGACAAGGAAUGUCGCUAAGGUUCCAGGUGUCACUCGCGUCUGUAAAGCAGAUUGCUGUCCCACAUGAAUAUUUAAUUUCUCAGGAAAUUCUAUUCACUGCCCACCUACCCUUAAACCUUUAUGUAAAACUACCGCUCACAGCUGUUGGCUUGUCCCUUCCCAGAAACCUCUCCAUUAAGCAAAUUACUGAUCACAUUAAAAGGGGUUGUAUCGUCUCGUAUUUUUAAAACUGUUGUUUGCGUAGAAGUUAUUUAAUUAGAAGUAAUCUCAUGUGUUGGACCCGCCAGGAGUACUUUUUAUAGCAGUUUGUCCCAACAUCGGCCUUCAAGGCACACCUUCCAAGGAUAGCCAUACUUGAGUACAGGUGUACUUAAUAAGUGCCCCAGGUAUUUUGAUUAAACCAUCUGUGCUAUAGCCUAGAUAUCCGUAAAACCUGGACUGUUAGUGUGCCUUGUGGACCGAGGUUGGGAAAUACUCUUUUAUAGCCUCCAUGUGUCACUGUCUGUAGAAUACAUUGCGUCAAUGACUAUUCCGUAUACAUCGGCGAAAACUGAUCUCUGCAGGCUGUGUGGGCGAAAAGUAUUUUAUAAAUUUAUUUUGGUUGCCAUAUUUUAAUCAUUGGAGCUAGCUGUGGCGACGUACGUGGUUUUUAUUACAGUGACACAACCCCUUUAAUUCAUUAUCGCGUUUAAAUUUAGAUCCUAUAGUUUGGAACAGGAAUGGUAUCGCAGCUUCACCCGAUUGGCAGACGCCUUAUUCUGGAUUAUGACCGCUCGGCGGCUGUUAGCCUUCAUGAAAAUUCCUGUGCCUAUAGCGUACCAAAGAGGCAUUGUAAUGGUCUCGUAAAGGAUUAACCACCCCAGAAGCAUCUCUUCGUUGCAGAAAAAAAAGUUUUUAGAGAUCUUGGAUGUACUAAAAGUAUUCUCUCCCCCCACCCCCCCUCCCCUCUCAUGCUUACGUUUAGGAAAAGAAAAAUUCUACGGUCACACUUUGCAUGUAGGUCAUUGUAUUUUCCAUACAUCUGCAUUGUUUGUAUUUAUUUAUUUAUUAUAUUUUUUUUUAUGUCACCGUCCCCCGCACCAAAGUAUUCUGAUGUCCCCUUCUCUUCCCGCGUUGUAUAAAUCCACGUAUUGUGCUUUACGCGGUUCUCUGCAAAAUAAUAUUUUUUUUUCCUUUUGUGUUUGUUACAAUCGAGAUGUCAUUUUAUCUGUUAAUAUAUUUAUAAUCACAAUGCUGUUUUUUAUUUUAAUUUUUUUUUUUUUACAGUUAAUGCUAAACCAAAAUAGUAAAAAAAUUAUAUAUAUAAAAAAAAGGUAAAAAAAAAAAAAAAGGAAGAAAAUAAACAAGACACCAUGUAUUUUUCAUUUUGAUAUGAUCAGUUCUGUAUCAGUCGCUAUCACGCGAACGAUCGUGGGCCGUAGUGUGCUGGGUAUUUCUAGGAAAUAUGCAGAUCCUGAAAGGCGGAAACCUGAAGAAAGUCCGCAAUGGCUCCGCUGUCAUAGCCACUGAUACAGAUCUGCCGGUUUUAUUGAUCACAUAUAUUAGCCCAUACUGGCUAUAGGAGCAUGACAUUUUGACAUAACGAAUAAAGUGUACCUGGUAACGGUUUGGUUUUGCCAAUAAAAUAUUUUAAUUUCAUUGACAAUAGAA